CCUGUUUUUACUGGAUCCAGCAGCUGUCAAGUCCUUAAGUGGAGUUAAAAACGUGCGAGCUUGGUGUCCAUGUUUUUGGCUCGUACUCUGGUCAGGAUGUCGGGACACAAUCCAUUGUUGAGGCUGGAGCAGAGGGCGGCGGAGGCGGACCAGAUCAUCGAGUAUCUCAAACAGCAGGUUCAGCUACUGAAGGAGAAAGCCAUGGUCCAGGCCAGUGCCAGAGAGGAGAAGAAACUGAUGGUGGAAAACGCCAAACUGAAGAAUGAGAUUGAAGAACUCAAAAAACAGCUGCUAGAAAAGGAGAAGAAGAGGGGAGUGCUGGAUGUGCCAAUGCCAUCAGGUGAAAACGGCGUAGAGUGCAGUCCAAAGUCCAUAUCCCCGUCAACCUCUGAGCAAGCACAACCUACCUCUACUGCUGCUGCUACUCCGGUCCAGAGCCCCCCUUCCAAAGAAGAGGCCAAGAAGAAGAAACCAGAGAAAAAAGAAAAGGCUGAGAAGAAGCAGCCUGCCCCCAGCCAAGACGAGGCCAAAGUGGACGUGUCCCGUCUAGACCUUCGUAUUGGACUUAUCAUCUCCGCAGAGAAGCACCCAGAUGCAGACAGUCUGUAUGUGGAGCAGGUGGACGUGGGCGAGGCUUGCCCAAGGACUGUGGUCAGCGGCCUGGUCAAGCACAUACCCCUCGACAAGAUGCAGAACCGCAUGGCCGUGCUCCUGUGUAACCUGAAGCCGGCCAAGAUGAGAGGAGUGGUGUCACAGGCCAUGGUGAUGUGUGCCAGCUCCCCAGACAAAGUGGAAAUCCUGGACCCUCCGAGUGGAGCCGUACCCGGAGACAGAGUGACUUUCCAGGGCUUCCCAGGUGAGCCGGACAAAGAGCUGAACCCCAAGAAGAAGGUUUGGGAGCAGGUCCAGCCCGACUUGCUCACAGAUGCACAGUGUGUCGCAACCUACAAAGGAGCGGCCUUUGAAGUGGCCGGUAAAGGAGUGUGCAAGGCCCAGACCAUGAGCAACAGCGGGAUCAAAUGAAAUGCCACGGCUGUCUGGAAUAGCUCUCCGUUUACUGGGCUUUCUAACCCCUGGAACUUAGGAUAGUGUCGGUGAGGUUGAGCUGCAAUGUUUUGAAGA